AUGGCGUUUGCUGGGACAAAUGUCAGUUUGUCCCAGCCGGAUAUAACGCAAAAACUGACGGAGCGCAUAGAUGAUCUGAAGCAGAGAAUCGCUGCUUGGGGAAAACGGAUUCGGCGAUAUACCGAGAGGUCGACACGGUUCAACCAGAAUCGUCUCUUCCAGAGAGAUCAGAAGAGGCUCUAUGAAUCAUUGGAGCGACCAAUGGUAAGUGGAACUGGUCCAGCACCGAAUCAGGCCGACACUGUAGCAUUCUGGCGCGGCCUGUGGUCAGAGCCCGUAAACCACAGCGAGGGCCCUUGGACGGAAGUUGUGGCGAGUCAGUGUGCGGGUAUUACGCCCAUGGACCCCGUCAUCAUAACGCCGGAUGACGUAGCUGAGGCGGUCCGUAGGGCCCCGAACUGGAAAAGCCCGGGGCUUGACGGGCUGCGUCACUACUGGCUGAAGGGGUUCAUGAGCAACAGGAAUUUGUCCGUGGAAGCAGUAGACUACAGUAAAUGCCUCGGAACUAAAGGCACAAAAACCACCAAAUCACCUCACAUCACUCAAGAUAACGAGAAAUUACUCUCUAAAGACGAGUUUGUUAAAUUAGUAGGAAAGAACAAGGUUGAUUGCAUAGAAAAAGGAGAGUUAACAUCGGAAGAGUCUUUUGAGUUGAUAAAAAGAAUCUGGCAUUUCUUCGGCACACCAUCAAAUUUACAAAACACCGUUUCUCAACAACAAAGUCUAGAAAUCAUAAAUAAAGAUGAUGACUUUAGUCAUUUGGACAUUGAGAAUAUGCCAAUAUUUAUUAACGAUUGGCAAAUAAUAUUGUUGAACCCGAAGAAUCAAAGUUAG